CGCUUAGAAGAGGGGCGGGGACAGGACAACGCGCCUAGAAGAGGAGGAGGAAAAAAAGAGAUCAUAGACUUCCACCUGAGCCUAGAGCGGUUCUUAAAGUCGUGGGGGAGAGGCGGGCGGGCUGGGACCACCUUCAGUACAGGCCGCCGGCGGUAUCAUGGCGACCCGGAACCCCCCUCCCCAAGAAUAUGAAAGUGAUGAUGAUUCUUAUGAAGUGUUGGAUUUAACUGAGUAUGCAAGAAGACACCACUGGUGGAGUCGAGUGUUUGGCCACAGUUCCGGACCUAUGGUAGAGAAAUACUCAGUGGCUACCCAGAUUGUAAUGGGUGGAGUGAGUGGCUGGUGUGCGGGAUUUUUGUUCCAGAAAGUUGGAAAACUUGCAGCAACCGCAGUAGGUGGUGGCUUUCUUCUCCUUCAGAUUGCCAGUCACAGUGGCUAUGUGCAGAUCGACUGGAAGAGAGUUGAAAAAGAUGUAAACAAAGCAAAAAGACAGAUUAAGAAACGAGCAAAUAAGGCAGCACCUGAAAUCAACAAUAUAAUUGAAGAAGCGACAGAGUUUGUCAAACGGAACAUCGUGAUAUCCAGUGGAUUUGUGGGAGGCUUUUUGCUAGGCCUUGCAUCCUAAGGCUGUGAAUGUGCUGUCACAGUGGAGUCACUCGUGAGGAUAGAAGCGGUGGUGACAAGAUGGUCUCAACAUUACACAUUGCCAGAUUCUCCAGGAUGACGAGAAACAGCUAGCUGGACAAUACCAAACUCACUGCUUAGCAUUUUGCCGUCUGAAAUUUGGCAAACUAGUAUCUGCUAUAAAACAGCCUAUAUGGUAUGUGUAUAAUAGUAUUCCUGAGCACAACAUGGCUUUGGUUGUUUUUUAAAAAUUUGCAUUUGUUUAAAAUUUGCCUAUAAAGUACCACCAUUGGAUGUAGACGUGGAGAGAUUAAAAAAAAAUCCGUUGGCUAUAUUCCCCAGUGAAAUAUUAUCCCCAUUUUUAUUUAAAUAAAAUGUUCUCCAUUGUGCUUUUUAGUAUAGUGCCAAUAAUUAAAAAGUUGUUUCAUAGCUUCAACAUUAGGGCUGACUUUUUUUUUUAAAGAUAUGUUUGCAAUACACUGAAGAACUGUAAUUCCCUUUUGGUGGAAGGAUUUACAAAUAGAAUUAUUAAAGACAUUAAACACAUUUAAUACCAAUUUUUAGGUUGUUUUUUUCCUGCAGUUCUUACUUUGCUUAUGUAAUAACUGUAGUAAACAGUUUCAAGGAAUGCUCUUCUAAGGAAAUAAUACCAUGUCUAAAGCUCUGUUCCUUUUUUUUUCUUUUUGAUGGCUGUAGUUGUAAAAAUAUUGUCUUGUAUAUAAGCUUCUAAUUUUUUAACUCAUUUAUUUAUCCUAGCAGCCUGGGUAGAACUAAUUAUUUUGAGGAUACAUAUAGUUGGGUCACUGAUUCAUUUUAUUAACUUUGAGUGAAAUUCGUUUUUCAUUUUUAAAAAUCCUAAUUAUUAUUUUGACCUCUUCUUCACAAAGAGGUAAAAGUCACCUUAAUAGUAUAGUAUGAAUUUAUUAUCUGAAGAGUAGUGAUUUUCUACAUAAUCCUGAAAUUGUAGCUUAAAGAGAAUUGUCUCUUUGGUCUAGUCUGAGAUGUAAGUGCAAAGGCUUUCAGGUUUUUAGGUAGCAUUAUGGUGGUUGAACACUAGGCCAGUUGACUUGUUUCUCAGGACCCAUGCCACACUCCCUCAGAGGCUCCUUUACCUGGAAAAGCUUUUCGUACUGUUUGUUCUGUCCAUAGAGUUCUAGGUUGGAAUUAGGAAAAAAAACAGCAGAACGACAGGUGUUGGAGUCUUCAGAUUGGAAAGACUUUGCAGAUAGUCAGACCAUCUCCUUUUGCUAGGCAGUCCCCGUGAUAUAUUUUGUGUAUUGUAAACAAGGCAUUUCAUACUUUCAAGAUUGUCACAGCCUGUGCUUUCACUCUCGCGAGACUCCUUAAAAUUCAACAUGGGAUCCACCUUCAUUUUCUUCCUUUACUCUCAUUAGUGCCUCAGAUAAAAUGCUAAAUAAAAUUCAGACUUUCUUAA